UCUCCCUCCUUCCUCGCUUCAACCAACGGGGGGAAAAAAAAUGGAGCUCUGCGGAAAUUAGCCACCUCUCCCCUGUCCUCACCGCCACCGUGUUUGGAGGAUGAUCCACCGGCAGCUCGUUUUGUCCCAGGUUUUGGUCUGCUUUGGGUUGACUGGUCAUUAUGCUGAUGCAGCUCUGUAGUUUCAAGAACUUGUACCAGAAUCGGUUCCUGGGCCUAGCGGCUAUGGCCUCCCCAACUCGCAGCAGCCAGACCCGCCAGCGCUGCAAGGGUGCGGUUCGUCACAGCUACGGCCCUGACAGCUACGCUGUCAACGGUCUGAACCAGGAGGCCUUUAUGCUGGGGUUGGCAAGGUCCACCAGUGACACCGAUCUGGUCUCGCCGGAUGCCCGAUCCACCCUCACCAUCAGCUCCUCCCACUACACCAUCGGCCAGUCUGAAGACCUGGUUAUCACGUGGGACAUCAAGGAGGACGUGGAUGCUGGAGACUGGAUUGGAAUGUAUCACGUUGAUGAGGCUUUGUCGGAGAACUUUCUGGACUAUAAGAACCGAGGGAUCAACGGCUCUCACAAGGGACAGAUCGUUUGGAAAAUUGACUCCACCUCCAAUGUGACCGACUCUGAGACCCAGGUCUGCUUCAGGUACUACCACGGUGUCACCGGAGCACUGAGGGCCACCACACCAACCGUAACCAUCAAGAAGGGCCCAGCACCCAUAUUAAAGCCAGUGGUUAGUCCUGAAGUCAACCAUGGACUGGGCAACAGGAGACUCAUUAACUUUUCCCUGUCAGACCUCCAGGCAGUUGGUUUGAAGAAGGGGAUGUUCUUCAACCCUGACCCCUACCUGAAGCUCUCCAUCCAGCCUGGAAAGCACAGCAUCUUCCCCUCGCUGCCACACCAUGGCCAAGAGAAACGCUCCGGAGUGGUGUGCAACACUGUCAACCCACAGUGGAGCACAGAGAGGUUUAACUUUGUGUCUCUGCCUACUGACGUCCUUGAGAUCGAGGUGAAGGACAAGUUCGCCAAGAGUCGACCGAUCAUCAAGCGCUUCCUAGGGAAGCUCUCUGUCCCCGUCCAGAGGCUCCUGGAAAAACAUGCCAUCGGGGAUCGGGUCGUGAGCUACUCUCUGGGCCGCAGGUUGCCAACAGAUCAUGUGUGUGGCCAGCUGCAGUUCCGCUUUGAGCUGACCUCCUCCAUUCACCCAGAUGAGGACUCCCUGGUCAUAGAGUCAGCCUGUCCUGAGGGGGAGAGUCCAGAAGAUGCCAACCAUGCUGCUGAGGCACCUGAUGACGACACCCUGAGCGUGGGACCAGACAUGCCUGACCUGCCCUUAGAUGCCUCUCCUAACCCUGAGACGUCCGCACCUCCAGCCUCCACAGCUGAGGAGUCAACGCCUGAGGAGGUGCAACCUGGUGCUGAGAUGGAGAUGGAGGCGACCCCAGAGGAGGAGAGCACAGAGAGGCAGGAGCCCCCGUCUACUGAGCCACAGGUGGAACAGGAGGAGGGGGCCUCAGCUCCGCAGCAGGAGGAGAGUAGUGGAGUAGGGGAAAAUGAGGGAGGGAAGGAAGACAGGCAGUCGGAGCAAGGAGAGGAGGAGCAGAUGGAAGUGUCAGCACCACAGGUGGCGGAGGGAACAGAGGAAGAAAAGGAGGUUGGACAGGAAACUCAGCCAAAACCAGACUGUGACAGUCCUGUAGCAGUAACAACAAAUGAUGGUUGCACUACUGUUGAGGAGCCCACUGAGGAAACCCAGGACGCUCCUGCAGAGCCAGCAGGCAGUACCCAACAGGACGGGACAGAGGGGGGAGAGAGAAGCUGCACCCCCUGUUCUUGCCAGUCCCUAUUCCCAAACUACAACUCCCAUGCUCCUACGCGCCGUAAAAACCGCCCCUGCUCCCUCCCGGUGUCAGAGCUGGAGACGGUGAUCGCCUCGGCCUGUGGUGAGCCGGAGACGCCGCGAUCCCACUACAUCCGGAUUCACCACCUCCUUCACAGCCUCCCGUCGGCCCAACAGAGAGCUCCUAGCCAGGAGGAGGAGGAGGCCGGGGAGGGAGAGAUCACCACUCAAGAUACUUCCUCCACAUCACCUACGCUGAAAACAUCCAAAGACAGAGAGGAGGAGGGGCAGGAAGACGAGGAAGAGGAUGAUACGACUCAGUCUCCUUCUCAGGUCCCAGAGUGUCCAGGUCCCUGCUGCCGGCGGGCUCUCCCCCGCAGCCUCUCCAUCGAACGCCUCUCUGAGCUUAACCAGCUCCUGGAGGGUGAAGGAGGCCACCCAGCCAUCAGGAGGAUCUCUCCUUCCUGUUUAGAGAGCGAGGAGGGGGACUCUAGUAAUGGAGGAGGAGGUAGAAGAGUCGGCGGGAGCACCCACAGACCUCCGAAUGAAAACGAGUGCGAGUUUUGCGACACUUCCUGCUACAGUACGUCCUGCUACAGCACUUCCUGUUACAGUACGUCCUGCUACAGCAACUCAGGCUAUGAGGGGAGGAGCCGCUUCUGCAGCCACACCCGCCUGUCAUCAGUGGACAGCAACAGGCUCUCCAGCAGCACUGUGUUCUCCUCGCAGGAUGAAGAUGAUGAUGAAGAGAGCGCCUUCGAGUCAGUACCUGAUACGGGCAAUGCACCUGAGGGCCAGGAGGCGGGCGGGGCAGGAGGCCAGAGGAGGUGUAAGGAGGCCAGAAGGGGAGAGCAGGUGGAACCAGCUGUGGCCGGGCCAAGCGACAGAAACAGCAUUGGCUCAGACUUCUCCCCUCCUGUCGGCCAUCUUCCAGUCCUGCGACCCAGCCAUGACCUUAACCAUUAUCCUGCUGCCACUGAUCAAGCCUUACCUCCAAACUGGGAAGCUCGCAUCGACAGCCACGGCAGAGUUUUCUACGUGGACCACGUCAACCGCACGACAACCUGGCAGAGGCCGAGCAACAGCGGCAAGUGUAACCACGGCAUCCCUCGCUCAGGGUCCACCCAGCAGAUGGAGCAACUCAACAGGAGGUACCAGAACAUCGAGAGGACGAUGGCCACAGAGGAGGAGGGAGGCAGUCAGAGGUUAGAGAGGAGCGGCAGCACCGAGACUGAUUCUGACUCUCCUCAGACAGGCCCUGCCUCCCCUGUCAAUCACCAGAAGAUCAGCCACCUCCUCCAAUCACCUGCUGUCAAGUUCAUCACACACCCAGAAUUCUUCACUAUGCUGCAUAGUAACUAUGCAGCCUACAGGAUGUUCACCAGCAGCAGCUGCGUAAAACACAUGAUCCUGAAGGUGCGCCGCGAUGCCAGGAACUUUGAGCGUUACCAACACAACCGGGACCUGGUGGUUUUCCUCAACAAGUUCGCAGACAUGCAGAUGGAGCUGCCGAGGGGCUGGGAGAUCAAGACCGACCCCCAGGGCAAGUCUUUCUUUGUGGACCACAACAGUCGAGCAACGACCUUCAUCGACCCUCGGAUCCCUCUGCAGAACGGCCGGCUGCCGGGCCACCUCGCCCACAGGCAGCACCUACAGAGACUACGCAGCUACAGCGCAGGGGAGGCCUCUGAUGUGUCCAGGAGUCGGGUGGCUUCUCUGAUGGCCCGGCCAGGAAACAGUCUGGUAGCCGCCAUAAGAAGCCAGCAUCACACUCACUCACAACCAACUUACAAUGACAAGAUCGUUGCAUUCCUCCGACAGCCGAACAUUUUUGACAUGUUGCAGGAGCGACAGCCCAGCCUGAGCAGAAACCACGCACUGAGGGAGAAGAUCCACUACAUUCGGACAGAGGGGACCCAGGGGGUGGAGAAGCUGUCAUGUGAUGCAGACCUGGUCAUUCUGUUGAGUUUGUUUGAAGAGGAAAUCAUGUCCUAUGUUCCACCUCACCCCAUCCACCCCAGCUUCAGCUUCUCUCCUCGCUGUUCUCCUGCCUCCUCACCACAGAACUCUCCCGGCUUACAGAGGGCCAGGGCUCCAGCUCCGUACCGCAGAGACUUUGAAGCCAAACUGAGAAACUUCUACCGGAAAUUAGAAGCAAAGGGCUACGGCCAAGGACCAGGCAAAAUUAAGUUGCUGAUCAGGAGAGAACACCUACUGGAAGGGACCUUUAACCAGGUGAUGGCGUACUCCCGGAAAGAGCUGCAGCGGAACAAGCUCUAUGUCACCUUCCUGGGGGAGGAGGGGUUAGAUUACAGCGGCCCAUCCAGAGAGUUCUUCUUCCUCUUGUCUCAGGAGCUGUUUAAUCCGUACUACGGCCUGUUUGAAUACUCAGCCAACGACACUUACACUGUUCAGAUCAGCCCCAUGUCGGCGUUCGUAGAGAACCAUCUGGAAUGGUUCCGUUUCAGCGGUCGUAUCCUGGGCCUGGCUUUGAUUCAUCAGUACCUGCUGGAUGCUUUCUUCACCAGACCUUUCUACAAGGCCCUACUCAGACUUCCGACAGACUUGUCUGAUCUGGAGUAUCUGGACGAGGAGUUCCACCAGUCUCUGCAAUGGAUGAAAGACAACGACAUCACCGACAUCCUGGACCUCACCUUCACCGUCAACGAGGAAGUUUUUGGCCAGGUAACGGAGCGUGAGCUGAAGUCAGGCGGUUCCAACCUGCAGGUGACGGAGAAGAACAAGAAGGAUUACAUUGAGCGAAUGGCCAAGUGGAGAGUGGAGAGAGGGGUGGUGCAGCAGACUGAGGCCCUGGUCAGAGGCUUCUACGAGGUGGUUGACUCCAGGCUGGUGUCCGUAUUCGAUGCACGGGAGCUGGAGCUGGUUAUUGCCGGGACAGUUGAGAUCGACCUCGGUGAUUGGAGAAGCAACACCGAAUACAGAGGAGGUUACCAUGAUGGUCACAUCGUGAUGCGCUGGUUCUGGGCCGCCGUGGAGCGCUUCAACAAUGAGCAGCGCCUGCGCCUGCUGCAGUUCGUCACGGGGACGUCCAGCGUGCCCUAUGAAGGCUUUGCCGCCCUGCGUGGAUCCAACGGCCUGCGGCGCUUCUGCAUCGAGAAGUGGGGCAAAGUCACGUCACUACCCAGGGCUCAUACCUGUUUUAACCGCCUGGACCUGCCUCCAUACCCAUCAUACACCAUGCUGUAUGAGAAACUGCUAAUUGCUGUGGAGGAAACCAGCACAUUUGGCCUGGAGUGACACAGACAGAAAAUGAAGAAUCAACACUGCAUCUGUCCGGGUAUUACACUUGGCUGGGCCAUAACGCGAAGGAAAAAGCGGUUCUGGUGGGCUCAUGUCGUACAGAUACCUGGAUUGCACUGAACAAAACGGUUUUGGUCGUGUGGAUGUAUGUAUGUAUGUCACUGUGGGGAAAUCUUUCACUUGGCUAUGCUGAUGUUUAUGACAGCACCCAGCACUUAGUACACUACAGAAGGACUAGAGUUAUUUUUAUAUUAAUCAUGAAGACUGGAUAAUAUAAAACACUGAUAUGGCAGUGCAUGUAUACCCAAAGAAAGGGUAUACAAGAUGGAUUCAAGAUCAUUUAUAGUUGCAUGUCCCAAAAUGCAUAAUCCACCCAAUGAUAAAAUUACUUAUAUGUAGAUCAUAACAAAA